AUGGAAUUGGAGAUCUACCCCGCGUCUCCCACCGACGCGCGCGAACUCACAAAAGUCUUCUAUGGCAGCUUCCAUAGUGAUUUGGACACAGCCAUGUUCCCAAACACGCCGGAUGUGACGGAAUGGUGGGAAAAAUAUUUCACCACGAGUAUCACGCGCUCAAUUGCAGGCGAGACCCACGAUGUAUUCCUCAAGGUGACGGAGGGGUCGGAGGAUGGCGGGAUUGUCGCAUUCGCGAAAUGGAAGCUUCCCGUGCCCGCUGCAGAUCGGCGUCGGAACGAGGAACAGAUUGUUUGGCCUCCGAGUAGUGAUAAGGACCUUUGCGAUCGGUUUUUCAAUGAUCUGGAUAUGCUGGGUGUUCACGAUUCCUACCAGGGCAAGGGACUGGGUUCGAAGCUCCUCAAGUGGGGUCUUACGCGCGCUGAUGCUGAGGGCUUGGAGGUUUAUCUGUCUGCAUCUCCAGCAGGGAAACCGUUGUAUGAGAAGAAUGGGUUCCGGGUGGUUGAUACCUUCUCUCCAUUCCCCGACUACGUGCAGGUGGCGAUGUUACGCUCCCCAAAUAAACAAUAG